AAACUACGCAACAAGCGAAAACAGCUGACGGCACAGAUUUCCCCUGGAAAUUCGGACGCCAUCCGAAAACCAUUGAAAACAGAGGCAUUUCACGGGGACCAGAAGCGCGGGCACAUGGCGAGGAGCACCUGAUGAGAUGUACAAGUCCCUGAUCCGCACCAUUAAACACCAGGCCAGGUCACAGAUCAUCGGGCGCAGCAGCAGCAGCCAAACAAAAGGCGCCAACGGAAAACGCAAGCAGAAGGGGGAGCAAAUGGAUUCACGCUACGAUUUCAACAGGCGCUGGACGCCAGUGGGGGUUCAGCCUCCAGGAGUGGACCCCCCAAAAUUGUCCACCCUUAAACUGGUCUCGUACAACAUCCUGGCCCAGGAUCUGCUGCUGGAGCACCUCUUUCUAUACGUGGGCAUCCCGCAGGAGUUCCUCACCUGGCGUCGCCGCCAGCAGAAUCUUUUAAGGGAGGUAAUGAAACUCAAUCCGGACAUUCUGUGCCUGCAGGAGAUGCAGUUCGAUCACCUCGCACCACUUGUCCAAGGACUGCGCAUGGGCAACGGCAAAAAGCUGGCCUAUGUGUACAAAAAGAAGACGGGACACCGAACGGAUGGAUGCGCCAUUGUCUACGACUCUUCCAAGUUCGAGUUACUGGACCAGCAAGCUGUAGAGCUUCAUGACCAGGAAGUGGCUCUGCUCAAUCGUGAGAAUGUGGCCCUGUUUGCCAAGUUCCGAUUCAAAAAGGAACCAGGCGAACAGAAGGAGUUUGUGGUGGCCACCACGCAUUUGCUGUACAACCCGAAACGAAGUGAUGUGCGCUGCGCCCAGGUGGGCAGAAUGCUGGAGCAGCUGACCUCCUUCUCCACGGACACACCCAUCAUCCUAACUGGAGACUUCAACAGCCAGCCCGACUCAUCACCCAUUGAACUGCUCAUCGGAAAGGAGGGGGAUGUGGAACCCGCAGCUAACCCAGCGCCUCUGCGCUUCGAGGUCCUCGAUCCGGGUGAAGGAACAGCCUCCACAUACCAGGACGACUGGAUCACUGUGGACUACAUCCUGCGCUCGUUAGGAUCGCGGAGCAAGCACAAGCUUCUGCCCAUUAGUGUCUACUCACUGCCCUCGAUCAACUGCUGCAGCAGAGUUGGCCAGAUCCCCAACCACUACCUGGGUUCGGAUCACUACGCUCUGGGCGCCAUAUUCACCGUUGUCUAGUUUUUAAGGUUGUCACUCGGACUCAUCAAUAAAGAUACGAAACAUAAGAUAUUACU